GCGCACGGGACAUUAGUUUGUGAACCGCACUUUCUGUAACAUGGCGUUAUGAAAUAAUCUGGAAAAUCCAACGUCCAAAAUAUACCUAAACAAACACAAAACUCCUUUUCUUCAAAAUGGCUGUUCUUUAAUACACUCUUCCAAAACAUUUUAUUUCGCAUUUUUUUCAACACUAGAUACAAAUUAUGUUGGAACCAUAUAAUUCAGAUGACAUAUGGCUUGUUGUUUUAGGUUUUCUCAUAGCGUUUGUUUUGGCUUUCGGUAUAGGGGCAAACGACGUAGCAAAUUCGUUUGGAACGAGUGUAGGAUCGAAAGUAUUGACAAUAUUUCAAGCUUGUUGUUUGGCUACAAUUUUCGAAAUUUCGGGAGCUAUAUUAAUCGGUUAUAAAGUAUCGGAUACGAUGCGCAAAGGUAUUUUGGACGUGAAUAUGUACAAAGAUGCUGAAAAAGAACUGAUGUUGGGCUCGAUAAGCGCCUUAACUGCUAGCGCAAUCUGGUUGAUAGUCGCUACAUUUUUCAAGCUUCCCAUUUCCGGAACUCACAGUAUUGUAGGAGCUACAGUCGGCUAUAGCGUAAUUUUAAGGGGUACCCAAGGUGUUCAAUGGAAAACUUUAGGAAAAAUUGUUGGUUCUUGGUUUAUCUCUCCAGUUUUUAGCGGUAUUACAUCCUGUUGUUUGUUGUGGGUAAUAAAAAGAUUCAUAUUAUCCCGCCCGGAUCCGUUAGAAGCCGGUCUAAUGUCAUUACCGCUAUUUUACAGUUUCACGAUACUCAUAAAUCUUUUUUCCAUUAUCCAUGAUGGUCCUAAGCUACUCCAUAUGGAUAACAUCCCGUUAUGGAUGGCUACUACCAUAAGCGUCAGUAUAUCUCUUUUCUUCAUGGUAGUUAUAUGGUUGUUCGUAGUACCCUGGCAACGAAGGAUCAUUAAAAAAAAGGAAAUCGAAGAUAAGAAAGCUGCAGUUAAUUUUAAUAUAGGAGAAAGUUCGGAUACUUCGCCCGAAGGAAGUCCGAAUCGUAAACCGAAUCGCAAUUCCGCUUGCUUCGAUCGUCAAUUAACCGUCAUAUCCGAAAAUACAGAACUACAAGCUCUCGAUCAAAACCGCAUAACGGCGGCUAAAUAUAUAUUUCCAGUUCAAACCAGCGAUAAGCCGGUUUUUACAGCAGGUACGAAAGAUACAGACGUUCACAAAUACGUUAGACCCACGGAACUUAAACUAGUAGAGAGUACGACAAGUGUCAAUCCCGCUUUAUCUCCAAGCUCAAGCGGCGUUCCGUUGAUUAUAAAUAGGAAUUCCGCUGGUCACUGUGAUCAAGCGAUACCAGUUCGUGAUAUUGAAAAAAACGGCGAUUUAUUUGUUGAAAAUAAAAGUGUAUCGAAAUUGUUUAGUUUUUUACAAGCCCUAACAGCUACGUUCGGUAGUUUUGCGCACGGGGGUAACGAUGUGAGUAACGCUAUCGGACCGUUAAUAACUCUAUGGUUAAUCUAUUCAGAAGGCAGUGUUCAACAAAAAGCAGAAACUCCCUUAUUCAUACUUUUGUAUGGUGGUUUUGGUAUUUCUGUGGGUCUUUGGUUGUGGGGAAGGAGAGUUAUUGAAACAAUAGGAGAGGAUUUGACUACAAUCACACCAUCGACUGGAUUUACCAUAGAAGUCGGUUCGGCGUUCACAGUAUUGUUAGCUAGUAAGAUCGGCAUACCUAUUUCUACUACGCAUUGCAAAGUUGGGUCUGUUGUUUUUGUCGGAUAUUUUAGUUCGUCGAAAAGGGGAGUUGAUUGGAGUCUAUUUAGAAAUAUAAUUUCUGCAUGGGUGGUAACGGUUCCGGUAGCAGCUCUUCUUUCAGCCGGCACUAUGUUGUUAUUAAGUUAUAUAGUUUUAUCAAAAGUUCAGUAGAAAUGUUGUUAUCGUAUUUAUUUUUUCCUUUUAUUUUAUUAAAUUAUCUUAUUCGUAAGACUAGAUCCAAACCACUCUAGUAUUACUGCGUUGUAACUAAUAAUUCUUUCAAUAACAACAAAACUGACGUAACUUCGAAAUUUUUUUUAACACUUAUAUAGAGAACGCAAGCGCCGUUACACGAAACCUCCUUCCGCUCCGUUACGUACAGUGUUGCCACUUGAUGAUUUUUUUCAGGAACUAAAAUUUACUCGUAAAGUAUAACACCGCAGAAUAAUAAUACAGUUUCUUUAUAAAAUAUUAUUAUUAUUAUUCUACAACGAACACAUGAUCGAUAAUAAUAAUAAUAAUAAAAUGCUUUUAAUAGUUAUUCGAUUAAAAUAUCUACGCAGACAUCAGCACUUAAUCCCGAUUAUCGACUUGUAUUUGUAGAUUACGAAAUAUAUGUGGCAACGCUGGAAUAAUAUGCUCAUUCGAGUUGACUCGUUCGCGUUCGUAUUUUUACGUGUAGUAUAAACUGAAAUGUGUCAUUUUUAUUUGCAGGUUAUUUAAAAAUGUUUUAAAAUACUAUUUAUAUAUGAAAGAAUUAUUUCAGAUUAUAUAUUUAGAAUCGUCGAAUCUUAUAUUAGAAAUUUAAUUCGGUAAUUUUUAUAAACGUUUUACGACAGUUUAAAUCAGUAAUUUUUGUUUGUGGAUUUAACCAUAGACUGUGGCUGUAAUGAUAUUAGAAAAAUGUUACUGUUUUUUGUGUCUCAGCUCUGCUACUUAAAAGUAAUAAACUGUAGGUUUUCGAAAACCUUUUAGAUAUAUUGUGACACUUUUUUUCAGUAAAAAGGCAUAUAUAGAUCACUCGAAUAAAUUAGAACGUCGUUUCCUAAUACCUGUUUCGUUUAAACCGUCAAUAAUAAUGAGAAAAACCCCCACGAUUAUUAGAAUAGAAAGAAAAUCGUGCUAAGAAGGAGUCUGUAAUUUAUUUUACAUUUCACCUACACUGCAAAAAAUGAUUUCAUCAUCAUAUAAUUUUAUUUUUUGUAAUUAUGUAUCGAGUAAUAUACUAUAUUUUUUCUACGACUAUUUAAUAAUAAGUUAUGCAAGAAUUCAUAAAUUACCCCACUAAAUUGUAGACUUUUUCUUAUUAUAUAAACGUUUGGAUCUUUUUUCGUUUACUUUUUUUGAUUUUUUUUUUUAAUUUUUUAUGAACCGUUAAAUGUAUAUUUUUGAUAAAUAUAAAAAGCUUAAAUUUCAUGAAAUAUUACAAAAUCUAUUGUAUGUUGAAACUUUUUUAUUGAUCCCAAUAAAUUUCUUUUGUUUUUUUAAUA